AUGGCCAACACGCUCAGUUUUGCCAUUCUCCUGGCUGCAAUUUCCAUUGCACUGGCCUUAAGCACAACAACUACAGCAAGUACACGCCAGCCAGUGCCCACUGUCACUGAAAAGUCCGUGGAAAAGGACGAGGCCAUGGACUCCUUGGAACGCCGUGACAAACGCCAACUGACUGCCAAUGGUGGCCAGAGCAGCCUGGCUGGUUCCACUGGCAACUAUCCCGUUUUCUUCGACGGCCUGAAUGUGAAUCCCCCGCUGCAGCAACUGCCGCCCCUGCAGCAACUGCCCCCCCUGCAGCAACUGCCCCCCCUGCAGCAACUACAGCCCCUGCAGCCGAUCACCGUGGUGACGCCUGUGGCCUCCAGUUCGAAUGCCCAGAGCCAGCAGCCGCAAUCCGGCUGGCUGCCGCAGUUUGGCCAGAAUCUGCCGCUCAUUGGCACUUGGGUCGGUGGCCUGCCCAAUUUGAUCAACGGCCUGGGACUCGGUUCGCUAAAUGGCGGCUUCGGCACUCUGGGUGGCUUGAAUCUGGGCAACCUGGGACUGGGUGCAGUGGCGCCAGUGGCUUCGUUGCCUGGACAACUGGUCGGCUCGUCGCCCAAUCCACAAACGACUUGUCCGCUCACCCAGAAGCUCAACUGCCGCUGUGAGCCGCUCAUCCAGCUGCCGGGUCUGAAGCCCAGUUCCAAUCCGCUGAGGACGCAGCUGGUGCAGAUCCUGCGACAGAAUGCGCGCAAGAACGACGACGGUUCGCAGGAGGUGCGCGUUAUCCUGAGCACUGGUCAUGUGAUCUACCAGCGGACGAGCAAGGAGCGCGGCCAGAAUGGCUAUCUGGCCAUGAGGAUCCAGUCGGGCAGGUACUUCACCAUCUACUACAGUGUCAACGAGAAGGAGUACACGGUGCGUGCGGAUGUCAAGGACACGCCACCCAGCUCCGACUUCGAGGACGAGCUAAUUGGUCAGCUCUAG